AUGAAAAUUCAAUACUUUUUCAGGACUUUAAGGUAUUCUUUACAAAUUCAUAAAUUCAAUGCUUUGAUCUGGAACAUUAAACCUCAGAGGCGUGCAUAUCGUUUCGAUUGGCAUGAAAACUCCAUGACCUGCAUUCAGUUUUCUACUUCAGGACACCUGGUGGCCUUUUCCUCCACAGACAAGACUGUACGCCUUUGGGUGCCCAAUAUGAAGGCUCAGUCAACUGUGUUCAAGGCUCACACAGCCACUGUACGUAGUGUGAACUUUUCUGAAAACGGUCAGGCUCUGGUCACAGCGUUAGAUGACAAAACAGUCAAAUUGUGGGCCCUCGCCCGACAAAGGUUCCUGUUCUCCCUCAACCAGCACAUCAACUGGGUCCACUGUGCCAGGUUUUCUCCAGACAGCCGCUUGAUCAUUUCCUCGAGUGAUGACAAAAUCAUCAAGCUGUGGGAAAAGAACAGCAGGAACUUUGUUCACUCAUAAUAGGAACAUGCAGGUUAUGCAAACCAAGUAACGUUUCAUCCAAGUGGAACAUGCAUCGCUGCGGCUAGUACAGACAAUUCAGUCAAGGUGUGGGAUAUUCAAUCCCUUAAGAUGCUGCAACAUUACCAAGUCCACAGUACUUUCGUGAACAGUUUGUUAUUCCUUCUGACUGCAUCCAACAAUUCCACAACCAAGAUACUGGAUGUUGUGGAGGAAAAACUGUUGUUCACACUGCACGGGCACCAGGGUGCAUUCAAUUGUGUGGCCUUUACGAGAACAGGAGAUUACAUUGCCUCAGGCGGUUCUGAUGAACAGGUGAUGGUGUGGAAGAGCAACUUUGACGAGAGCAAAGACACACUCAAGAAUCAGCAGUCCGCUCUUUUAUGUCAGUUUAAAACAACACUAACGCUGGCUAAAUCACAGCCUCAAAGGCCUCUUUAA